AUGUUAGGUGUCAUCGGGAUCUCCGCGUUUGUGCUGGCGCUAUGGGGCACGUGGAGAAUGUACAAGCGCGUGGUGGUAAAAUCAGUCCUCAGAAAUCUUCCCGGACCGCCGAGCCCAUCGUUGUUUGUCGGUAACUUCCGGCAAAUAUGGGAUACCUCCGGGUUCGCAUUUCAUCAACAGCUUGGUGACAUGGGGUCUGCCGUCAAGGUUCACGGCUUCUUUGGGGACGAACAUAUAUAUCUCACGGAUCCUCGUGCACUGCAUCAUGUCCUGGUCAAGGACCAAGAUGUUUUUGAAGAAAGCGCCCAUAGUCUUGAAACAUCGAGACUGUUAUUUGGGAACGGUCUAGUUGCAAGCCUUGGUAAGUACACUCGUCCGCAACGCAAGAUGCUGAACCCGCUCUUCUCUCCUGCGCAUUUACGCACGCUAGUCCCGACCUUUUUCACGAUCACCGAGCAGUUACGUAGGGCUCUGACACGCCACGUGGAAGGACCCAAAUCUGAGAUUGAUAUACUGGAGUGGUGCUCCAGGGCCGCUUUGGAAUACAUUGGAGUCGGCGGACUAGGCUAUUCUUUUGAUGCCCUGAAGGAAGGAGCAGCAAACAUAUAUAGCGAAUCCGCAAAGAAUCUAUUCCCGUCGCUUUUUCCCAUCGCACCUCUUUGUAUCAUGUUGCCCUACAUCAGUGCCAUUCUACCACCUGGACUAGGAAGAAAGAUCAUCGACGCGAUUCCAUUUCCCUCAGUACGAACACUCAAGAGCAUUGUCGAUAUGAUGGACGAGACAAGCAAGGAAAUUUAUGAGCGUAAGAAGCAGGCAAUAAUGCGUGGGGAAGGCGAAGAGUACGACCAGGUAGCACACGGAAAGGACAUUAUGACGACGCUUCUGCGCGCAAAUAUGGCGAGCGCGGAAAAGGAUCGUCUGCCUGAGGAUCAGUUGUUGGGACAAAUGAAUCUACUCAUAUUCGCUGCAUAUGAUACCACCUCAUCAGCACUUGCUCGUAUACUGCAUUUGCUGUCCGGAAACCCUCAACUUCAAGAUGAGCUUCGGCAGGAGAUCCGCGGACUGCAUGUGGAGCUUGCAAACACGUUACCAAGUUACGAGCAAUUGAUGUCCCUCCCGCUGCUUGAUAGCAUUAUUCGUGAAACCCUACGCUUGUACGCUCCUGUGCCCUUCGUACAAAGGACCUCACUAAACCGUUGCUCUAGUGCACGUAAGGAUAUCGUGAUACCCCUACGAACGCCCACCAUUGGCGUGGAUGGCACUGCUAUACACGAGCUGCCGAUAAAGAACAAUCAGGGUAUAUUCGUAGGCAUGGCGAUGGCGAACAGGAACAAGGCACUCUGGGGCCCCGAUGCACUGGAAUGGAAACCAGGCCGCUGGCUCGAGCCGCUCCCGGAUAGCGUCACGGAUGCACACAUACCUGGCGUGUAUUCCAAUCAGCUCACGUUUCUUGGUGGUAGUCGCGCAUGCAUCGGUUUCAAAUUCUCGGAAUUGGAGAUGAAGGCUGUGAUAUACAUGCUGAUCCACAAUUUCAAGUUUGAGCAGUCCAAGUCGGAAAUCGUGUGGAGGUUGGGCAACGUGAUGGUGCCUUCAGUCAAAGGCCAGGAGGAUGCGAAGCCCCAUCUUCCGCUAAUCAUUACGCCUUUGCUGUCAUCAGAGAUAGAUUCUUAA